AAUAUUUCCCGCGCUGUAUUACUUUGAGUGACUCCACAAACAGCAAAAAGCGCAAAGAUGGCAGGCAUACUGGAUGUCCCCAAACCAAGAGUGACCUGCUCCAUGUUGACGCAGUACAUAAGCAGACCGGUCUGUUUCGUUGGGCGCGUGGAAAAGGUCCACCCCACCGGGAAAACGUUCACUGUCGCGGAUGGAGAAGGAAAGGUCGCAACAGUUGAACUUAACGAUCCUCUUGAGGAAGAGCUGAGCGGCAUCGUGGAGGUGAUUGGCAUGGUCUCAAACAAAGGCGCCAUAAUGGCCACCACAUACAACGUGCUGCGGGAGGACAAGGGCAUUCUCUUUGACUUGGAACUCUACACCGAAGCCCUGAAGGUCAUCCAUGACUUCCCACAGCACUACCCCUUUGUGGUGGCUGCAAGCGGAUGAACAGGUUGUGUGGUGGAGGAUUGGUUCCCGUGCCUAGUGUUUCUUGGGUAGAAAUGGAUUUGUACAAAGGUGUGUUUGUAAUGUUAAGUAAAUAAAAAAAAUAAAGACCAAAUAGAAUGAA